CCCUUUCUCCAUGACCCAUUUUCCACACACAUUUUCUCUUCUACAUUUCUUAUUCAUCCACGCUGAACCCUAAACGAGACGGUAUCUAGGGUUCACUGGAUCAUCAGUUUCCUUCUGCUACCACCAGUUCUUCUUCUCAAUCUCCCUCUCUACCACCACCACCACCACCACCACUUUGUCAAAGGUUAAAUAGGUUAAAAUUGAUUCACCCAACCAAUGGAUGAAUCAUGUGAAAUGCCUGAGGCACAAAAAGGUGCAGGUGGAAAGACAAUUGGGGCUUCACCUAAAGUACCCAAAACAGGCUUAAAGGUGGGAUUACUUGAAGAUGUUGCUCUAUCAGCACCUCGUGAUCUUGUUAAGGUUUCUAUUUCAGGUGCAAUGCCGGUAAUGCCACCUCCAGCUACAAGUGAGGCACAAAUGGCUUCGCCUGAAGUACCCAUAAAAGGUUUAAAGGAGGAAUUACUUGAAGAUAUGGCUACGGCAACACCUCUUGAUCUUGUUACAGGCACCACAAUACUUAGUGGAGAUUAUGAUUUUGGGAUCCUUGUAGGUGGUGACAGCUUAGCAAUUAACCCUGAUGGAACACCUGAUAAAGAACCGGUUCAAAAGGUUUAUCGCUUGGGGGGUGAUCCACGAAGCUAUAUGUUAUAUUGGCAAGUGGACCGCGUGAUACUGAAAACAGACACUGAUAUACACAACUCAAGUGUGCCAUAUUGGUGUUAA